UCCCUGAUAAACCCUGACCCUAUUGGUCGACUAUCUAAGGCAUGAAUAGGGAAAGGCAUAUCCACAGAAACAAUAGGAAUCCCUAAACUAUAAGCUAAAUUUUUAUUAAUGAAAUUCCCAGCCGCGCCUGAAUCUACUAGCGCCUUAUACUGGGAAUGCAGGGAAAAAUCCGGAAAGGUGACAGAGACAAACAUAAGUGCAGCAGAGGGCUCUGGAUGAGUAUGGUGCCUACUCACCUGGGGUGAUGCCAGAGUGCCCUGCCUGCCUUCUCUAUUCCCAGAGGAACCAACCCGGCACCGAUCAGCAGUGUGAUCUCUGCGAUCAUAGAUGGUGCUCGAGCGGGUACCCCCUCCAGUCUCCCUGCGCACCAUCCCUCCCAAUUCCAUAGGUUCGGGAGAGAGAGUGCGGGAGGAUGGAACAACCAGACCCCGAUCUAGACGUCCCCGAGUAGCCAGCAUGUUGUCCAGCCUGAUGGACAUAUCCACCAGUUGGUCGAAGUUGAGGGUGGUGUCUCUACAGGCCAGCUCCCGACGGACGUCCUCGCGUAGACUACAACGGUAGUGGUCGAUCAGGGCCCUGUCGCUACAUCCAGCGCCGGCAGCCAAAGUCCUAAACUCCAACGCGAACUCCUGAGCACUCCUCUUCCCCUGCCUCAGAUGAUAGAGGAGCUCACCUGCUGCUCUGCCUUCGGAUGGGUGGUCGAAUACCUUCCGGAAAUGGCAGAUGAGCUCCUCAAAAUGGUCCAACGCCUUAUCCUCUCCACACACAGCGUUGGCCCACUCCAGGGCUUUCCCGGUAAGGCAGGAGAUGAGGGCGAAGCUUUUCUCACGGUCUGUUGGUACUGGAGAGACCGUGGCCAGAUACAAGUUCAGUUUUAGGAGAAAACCCUGGCAGCUGGCAGUAUCUCCAUUGUAUCCCGUGGGUAGGGAUAACUGGAUCCUGUUCUGUUCCGGCGGGGAAAAAACGUUCGAAGGAAUUCCAGGGGGUGGUGGAGGUACUGGACACGCUCCCUGUCUCUCCCAGCGGUCCAUACUCUGGACAAUGCGAUCCAUGGCAGCGCACAGACUGUCAAUCUCCGCCGCGUGUUCCAGGACGCGUUCCUCAACCUCCAUUAAUGAAGUGCCUCCUCCUGCUGACUUCAUUUUUAUGGUCAGAGAUUCUGUCACAAUGGCGUGUAUAAGUGGCAGAGGAAGUCAGCCGCAGGAGAGUCAAAAUAGAGUGUAGCAUGGAGUACUUUAAUAAAAGUUCCAGUAAUAAGCUCCAUAACACUCACGAAAAAAUAUAAUACAAAAUCUGGGUACGAAGACCCAUCGCACACUUAUACACAAAACACACAACACUUGACAACGAACAAUCUCUGACAAACACAUGAAGGGAAACAGAGGGUUAAAUACACAACAGGUAAUGAAUGGGAUUGACAACAGGUGUGUGGGAAGACAAGACAAAACCAAUGGAAAAUGAAAAAUGGAUCGAUGAUGACUAGAAGACCGGUGAAGUCGACCGCCGAACACCGCCCGGACAAGGAGAGGCAACGACUUCGGCAGAAGUCGUGACACCGCAUGCGAAGAGCAACUUAUGGUGAAGUCUGCCAGUGGGUCCUGACAGCGUGGAGCAUUGUCAAAAAAAUCCUCUAUCAUAAACGGGUUUCGAAAGGCAGGACUGCUGCGUGUUGAAGAAGGCAGCAUGAGCUCAUCGGGGAAUUUGCCUCCGGAUGAAAGUGACGAGAGCGACAAUGAAAACGAUCCAACAUCGGAUAAAGCAAUUCUGAGGCUAUUCAACUCCGACACCGAAGGAGAUGACUUCAGUGGUUUCAGUGCACAGGAGGAGGAAGAUAGUGACCAAUGACUUUCUUGAGAGAAUCAGAGGGGAGAAGAAGAGGAGCCCGUCCCCAUUACCUUCCCCCCAGGUGGUGUUUCUGAAGGACAUUGUGUGUUACCUGUCCCUACUGGAGAGGGGCACACCAGAGGACAAGCUGGAGUUCAUGUUCCGGCUGUACGACACAGAUGGCAACGGAGUACUGGACAGCUCGGAACUGGACCGCAUCAUCAAUCAGAUGGUCCACGUGGCAGAGUACCUGGAAUGGGACUCUGCAGAGCUGCGACCGAUCCUGAAGGAGAUGAUGGAAGAGAUAGACUAUGACCGGGACGGAACAGUCACUCUGGAGGAGUGGAUCAGAGGAGGCCUCACCACCAUCCCUCUGCUGGUCCUGCUGGGCAUGGAGACGAAUGUUCAGGAAGAUGGUCAGCAUGUGUGGAAACUGAAGCACUUCAACAAGCCAGCCUACUGUAACUACUGCCACACCAUGCUGCUGGGAGUUCGCAAGCAGGGCCUCUGCUGCUCCAUAUGCAAGUACACAGUCCAUGAACGCUGUGUGUCCAAAGACAUUUCUGCAUGCAUCAGCACCUACGCCAAGUCCCGCAGACACACCAAUGCCAUGCAGCAUGUCUGGAUGGAGGGAAACUCUCCCACUAAGUGUGACCGCUGUCACAGAAGUAUCAAGUGCUACCAGGGAUUAACGGGCCUACACUGUGUGUGGUGUCAGAUCACUCUCCACAAUAAGUGUGCGUCCAACAUGAAGCCGGAGUGUGAUGGAGGAGCCCUUAGAGACCACACUCUACUCCCCUCCUACAUCUGCCCUGUCGUCCUGGACCGUCAUUCUGUUGUGAAGCGGGGUGAAGGGGACUCCCCGCCCAACAGCAGCCCUGACAACAUGAGUCAGAGCUUGAAAUUCACAGGAGACGGACAAGCACUGCAGAUCACUCCUCUCCCAGGUACACAUCCCCUCCUGGUCCUGGUCAACCCGAAGAGUGGAGGGAGACAGGGGGAGCGGGUAUUGAGAAAGUUCCAGUACCUGCUGAACCCCAGGCAGGUGUACAGUCUCGACCGAGGGGGACCCAUGGUGGGGCUCAACUUCUUCCAUGAUGUCCCUGAUUUCCAGGUGCUGGCGUGUGGAGGGGACGGGACAGUGGGAUGGAUCUUAGACUGUAUUGACAAGGCCAACUUUGCAAAAGAUCCCCCUGUGGCUAUCCUCCCUCUGGGCACAGGGAACGACCUGGCAAGAUGUCUACGCUGGGGCGGAGGUUAUGAGGGAGGCAGCCUGCUGAAGUUCCUGCGGGACAUAGAACACAGCACAGAUAUGAUGCUGGACCGAUGGAACAUCGACAUUAUCCCUGUAGACAAGGAGGAGAAGGGAGACCCAGUCCCCAACAGCAUCGUCAACAACUAUUUCUCCAUCGGAGUGGACGCCUCCAUUGCUCACCGCUUCCAUUUGAUGAGAGAGAAGCACCCAGAGAAAUUCAACAGCAGAAUGAAGAACAAGUUGUGGUACUUUGAGUUUGGCACCACUGAGACCAUCUCUGCCACGUGCAAGAAACUCAAUGAGUGUGUCGAAGUCGAGUGUGACGGUAUCAUCCUGGACCUCAGCAGCACGUCAUUGGAAGGCAUCGCCGUCCUCAACAUACCCAGCAUGCACGGUGGCUCCAACCUGUGGGGAGAGACCAAGAAAAGGCGGAACUACAACCGCAUGAGCAGGAAGGUUCCGGAUAGGAUGCACACCAGUACCAUCAUCGAUAUAAAGGAGCUCAAGUUCUGUGUUCAGGACCUGAGUGACCAGUUGCUAGAGGUGGUGGGUCUGGAGGGCGCCAUGGAGAUGGGGACGAUCUACUCAGGCCUAAAGAGUGCAGGUCGCAGACUGGCCCAAUGUGCUAACGUUACCAUCAGGACGUCCAGGCUGCUGCCCAUGCAGAUCGAUGGGGAACCUUGGAUGCAGCCCCCGUGCACGAUCAAUAUUACACAUAAGAACCAGGUUCCCAUGCUACUGGGCCCUCCUCAGAAGACCCCCUUCUUCUUCUUCAAGAGACGCAACAGGAGUCGGGACUGAGUGAGGAGGACACUUCAAACUCUCCCAUCUUCACACAAACACGGCCCCUCCAACACCAACUGAUGACUGGACUGGUGAACUGUUCCCCAUGUUCCCCAUGGAGGAACUGGACCUUGGGAGAGGAGAGGAGGUGUAGAGGAGAGGAGGUGUAGAGGAGAGGAGGUGUAGAGGAGAGGAGGUGUAGAGGAGAGGAGGUGUGGAAGAGAUGAGGUGUGGAGGAGAGGAGGUGUAGAGGAGAGGAGGUGUAGAGGAAAGGAGGUGUGGAGGAGAGGAGGUGUGGAGGAGAGGAGGUGUAGAGGAAAGGAGGUGUGGAGGAGAGGAGGUGUGGAGGAGAGGAGGUGUAGAGGAGAGGAGGUGUGGAGGAGAGGAGGUGUAGAGGAGAGGAGGUGUAGAGGAGAGGAGGUGUAGAGGAGAGGAGGUGUGGAGGAGAGGAGGUGUAGAGGAGAGGAGGUGUGGAGGAGAGGAGGUGUGGAGGAGAGGAGGUGUAGAGGAGAGGAGGUGUGGAGGAGAGGAGGUGUAGAGGAGAGGAGGUGUAGAGGAGAGGAGGUGUAGAGGAGAGGAGGUGUGGAGGAGAGGAGGUGUGGAGGAGAGGAGGUGUAGAGGAGAGGAGGUGUAGAGGAGAGGAGGUGUGGAGGAGAGGAGGUGUGGAGGAGAUCAUUUGAAGAAGGAAGAGGAUAUUCUUAAAAAAGAAAACAACUCAAUAGUCAUUGCCCCUUGGACCGAUGGCACCACUUCAGAAUGAACCAAGUGUAAUGACCACUUCCUGUGUGUCCAUGUUCUAGCUUCUAGAACUUCCUGUUAACUUUGAACUCUGACCCUGCCACCGGCCCACUAACUCAGUUAACCCCGGCUCCAGACCCAGCUUUAGCCCAAACACACCAGUACUGCCACACUGCCUUGGCAAAACACAGUCCCAACCAACAUAUAGGUACAUUUAGUGAUACUGCCAUGAUCCUCAAAGGGAGGGAUAGAGAGAUGGAGGGAUAAAGAAACACAUAAAGAGAGAGAGAGAAACAGAAGUGGGGUAGAAGGGGAGACAGACAGGAAGAGAAGAAAAGUAGAAGAGAAGAAGUGAGGGAUGGGAUGAUCGAUACAGCAGAUGAAAGUAAGGUGUGUGUGUGUGUGUGUGUGUGUGUGUGUGUGUGUGUGUGUGUGUGUGUGUGUGUGUGUGUGUGUGUGUGUGUGUGUGUGUGUGUGUGUGUGUGUGUGUGUGUGUGUGUGUGUGUGUGUGUGUGUGUGUGUGUGUGUAUAAGUGCUCCUCUCUCUUUGAGGAACCUGUUGAAUAAUGAAUCAGAGCUUGUAGAGUAUUCACUCCAGUGUCUUUCCACGAUGCCAGAACACUGCCUGAGACAUGAAACAGAAAGAGAGCAUCUAUAAUUGACUGCUUUGUUUAUGCUUGACGGUGGCAGCAAGGCAAAAUCCACAGCAACAGUGGCAUGGGAAACUCAAACUAACAUGUAGGGAUUUUUUCCCCCCAUCAUUUUGGCCCACAACAAGCAUAUUUGAACUAGAAUUUGAAGAAUAUCUAUGGCUGAUCUGGUGUCAGGCCUUGGGGGAAAGGGAAGUUGAAGUGUUUUUAUCUCACCAUCUUCACUAAGUUACUCAGGGCCAUUGGUCUGUCCAGACGGAUCCGUGGAACAGAACUCAGUGUAGAGGGGAGACAGGGUAGAGCGGACCUGACUUCCGUAUUACUGUAGAGACAGAGAUCACUGAGAGCAGAGAUGAGCCCUGUGUCCCAAUCAGAAAAGCCCAGUAGGACAGCAUUAGGAACAGAGCCCAGUGUAGAGGGAGAGGAGACUGAAGGAGGCAUGGUAGGUCCUUACUGUAAUGUGUUAGGACAGCUUUAGAUUGAAUCAACAAGCCUCACCCAGCAACAGAUGUCCCAGAGAACACUUUUAGAGGGUUAGAGAUUGAAAUGGAUCCAGCUAGCUAGUGAUAGAAUAACAGCCUGACUGCCCCAGGCCUGAGGGGUCUGAUUUAGCACAGCUUGGACUGGACCUAAAUUUAACCUGCUAUUUCAGGAGGAUCUACACUGUGAAGCACUAUUCCUAAUUACAGUGUGAAAACAUCAGCUCGCUGUCCAAGAGUGCAAAACCCAGGGGCCCGACUGAAAAUGGUGGGUGUAAUUCCAUUCAUGUUUGUUGCUGGGCCGUACUAUUCAGGCAACAGGAAGAUAUAUUAUCAAUUAAAAUGUGCUGAACUGAAAAUCACUCUUAAAAUCAAACCGAAUGGCAAGAGCUGAACAGGUAAGACACCAGUGAGGCAGAGAUAGUGUGGCAGCUACUACGAUAUACCCUUAUAGUACUGUCCCAACAAUAGUAGCCAACUAUAUAUGUGCAGACACAGUAUUUGUAUAUCAUGGAAAUAGGUGUGGUGCACAUGAAUGUGUUUUUUAAUGAUAUAUUAUUAGUGUAGAGUUUGAGACUAUAGAAGAGCACAUAUAGAUAUAUACAUAUACAUAUAUAUACAUAUAUACAUACAUAUACAUACAUACAUAUAUAGAUAUAUACAUAUAUACAGUGUUCUUUAUUGGGUCACUUCAAUGACUCAGUCUGGGGCUGGUACACAAAACAUCCCCUCUGGCACCAUAGCACCCUCAUACCCUAGGAUUUCUUUAUUUUAUUUAUUUAUUUAACCUUUAUUUAACGAGGCAAGUCAGUUAAGAACAAAUUCUUACUUACAAUGACGGCCUACCCCGGCCAAACCCUGGACCAAUUGUGCACCUCCCUAUGUAGGAUGUAAGGGUUAGGGUGCAUGGCACAGGGGGGUGAGAGUGAAGUGAGCCCGUAUCCAACACUGAGUGUUUGUCCCAAAUGGCACCCUAUUCCCUAAAUAAUACACUACUUUUGACCAAAGCCCCAUGGGGUCAACGAAUGCGGACUGCGAGGGAGAUUGGCAGCGUGGACAAUGGUGAAAUGUCUUGUUUGGUAAGUUCUAGUUGUGGUUUGAAGUUGAACCUGAGCAAGUCAUUGUAGCUGAUGGUCAUUUUUAUGCCAAGGUAAGUGAAGGGGCCCUUGGUAAUUUUAAAGGGAAUUCCAUCAAAAUUGCACUACAUUCUGUGUCAUUCACUUGUUCAGGUUUGGCUUGUAACCAGAGAUCUUGCCGAAUUCAUAUCCCACGUAUCUAUAACCGUGGGGACUGUACUGUGAGGGUUCAAAAUAAACAACAGAAGAUCACCCGCAUACAAUGAAAGUUUGUGAUUUACGCCGGCCCUUUGGUCCCUGGUCAAAAGUAGUGCACUGAAUAGGGAAUAGGGUGCCAUUAGGACUGACCCUGAGCUCCGCUUACGGGGCGAGGCUUUGAUGUCUUCGGCCCUAGAUCCCUUUAAAACCACACUGAGCCGGGACUAUCACGUCCAGGACCCACUAAAACAGAGCCACAUGUCCAAUGACCAUGGAGUAGAAGUAAAACAGUCCCAAAUGGCACCCUAUUCCUUAUAGAAUAGUGUACUACUUUAGACCAGAACCCUAUCAAAAGUAGUGCACUAUAUAGGAAAUAGGGUGCCAUUUGAGACGUAGACUUUAUCUCUAUGGACCACAGGGUCUGUCUGACCCUGCAACACCUCUAACCAGUACAUACAGGACAACAUUUCAAUAACCACAUCACCUCUACUAUCAUAACAUAGAAUUGUCGGCCAAUGGUCAUUGGAUAUUGGGGCUCAUUUUAGUCUUUAUGGAGCCUGGAUCGAGGUGACUCAGUGAGACGUGUGCAUGUUUACAUAUCACUUUUCAUUUAUGGGAAAUAAUUUUCAAUUUUAACUGUUAUAAUUAUGUAUAUAUAGAUAUUUGUUUAUAUAUUUUAUCUGAAGUUACACCACCGCAUGCCUGCUGAAACAAAGGAGACAAAGAAAUGUCUGUCUGCUUGAGGAGAGACCACGCUGAUUGUUGCAACCCCCUCCUUCAAGCUAUGACCUGUCCUGCUGUCGGGUCACAUUAGCUGUCCAACCCCCUCCUUCAAGCUAUGACCUGUCCUGCUGUCGGGUCACAUUAGCUGUCCAACCCCCUCCUUCAAGCUAUGACCUGUCCUGCUGUCGGGUCACAUUAGCUGUCCAACCCCCUCCUUCAAGCUAUGACCUGUCCUGCUGUCGGGUCACAUUAGCUGUCCAACCCCCUCCUUCAAGCUAUGACCUGUCCUGCUGUCGGGUCACAUUAGCUGUCCAACCCCCUCCUUCAAGCUAUGACCUGUCCUGCUGUCGGGUCACAUUAGCUGUUCAACCCCCCCAACCUAUCCAUUGCUUAAAAACCCAUGACCUUGUGUGUUUAUUUGAUGUGUUUCCCCAUUGGUAGCUAGCAUAGCAUGUUGAUAAUUCUGUGCUAGAACAGGACAGUGUUGGUUUGUCUUAGGUCAAAAGGAGAGAGACUUCCCAGGAGAAAUGUCCACUAUUGCUGCCAUUUUGUGACUCAUCGUCAGAAGAUGGAAGGGGGAUGCCCGACACAGAACUCAGAACUCUAACCUAUCAGACUAUUAAUCCUCAAUGUUUGUGUCACUCAGUCACCACUCAUCUCCAAUCCGGUCAUCAGAAAAUGAUCAAUAGCCUUAACUAACAAACAAACACACACAAGGGGUCUCUAGUGCUUUUUCUGCCAGGACACAACAACGACGGGACACUGACGAAGAAGAAUUUAGUAAAAAGAACAAUGAUAAGGAACUCUCUGUCUCUGUGUUGCAAUAACCCACUGCCAUCACUAACCAGCUGCCCGACCCAUAACCAUUACUGCCUAUCGGGAUGGGCCCCCUCCACCCACUUCUAAGAGAAUUUGGUUUAGCCCAGGUUGUCAACAACCACUGUAAAAUGUGGCCUCUGAGCAUCAUAGAAACACCAGGGAGGACUGGACUGAGGCCAUCCAUUAUCAUUUUGACAGACAGUGGGUGCAUCCUAAAUGGCAUCCUAUUCCCAAUUAAGUGCACUACUUUUGACCGGAGCACUUUGUGGGCCCUGGUCAAAAGUAGUGGACUAUAGGGAAUAGGGUGCCAUUUGAGUCGCCCUCCAUGUUGCAGCAGGGAUUUCUAUGUACUGCACCUCAGCCACUGUUAUAGCCAUAGUGUGUGUCUGUGUCCAUGUACAUGGUGAUCAUGAUGUGACUCUGCCUCUGAGGUGACCUAGAAGAGGGAUAUAUCAAAUAAACCAAUAAUGAUGAUAGUAUACACAGUCUAUUACAAUUAGGAUAGUUUAAUUUACCACCAUUACAUAUCCACACUCUUCCACUGAAUUGAGACAACCAGAUGCAUAAAAGGGCUCCAAGCAUGUCAUUUAGAAUAUGGCCAAUACAUUGCUGCAUUUUAUGCAGUAUAUCAGUUUGGAUAAUUGAAAUGGAGCCAAAGACGGUCCUCAUCACCAUCCUCCCCAUGUGAAACUAUUGUCCCCUUGUCUCCACUGUCCCUCCUGACCUUGGUCUUUUCGACCUUCAGAGACUCACAGACGCAGUGAGGUUUAUCGUGCUGUCACUGUUGUUGGUGUCGUCCUAUUCUUAGGCCUGGGCAGAUUAACUUACAGUAUUGAGUGACACUAGUGGCCGGGACAGAUGCAGUCGAGCUAGAGCCAUGCAUACAGUCUAUAUCAUUCCUGAGUGUGAUGUUCCACAUGUAUGUUUAAACCCAUGGGCCUGUUGUGUUUACCAUAGAAAUAGCAUAGCAAUUUGAUUGGUAAACUCAUGGGUACACUCAAAAUGGCUGCUAGUCCACUCAUUAUGGCAUCAUUGACUUGAAUGGGGAGGCCCCGUUCUACUUAUUCUAGUUAUGUGGUGUUUACCCCCUCAGGGUCAAUGUGGUAUGUAUGUAUGUAGCUGUCCAUAUGCCUGUAGCGCGCUGCGAGGGUCAAGGGCAGACUGUGACAGUAGACCCUGUGAUUGGACAAAAAGAAGACUGUAAAUCAAUAUUCUCAUCUUCUGUCCUAGCUGGGUUUAUUGUCUGUCUGUUGCCCUCGCCGUUGUGUUUGUUAGCUGUAUGUUGGACAAAAGAAUAAUCAAAUAAACAAAGAGGAUGAAUAUGCUA